AUGUCUACUUCUACAGAACUUGAAGCAUCCGGUGACUCACCAUCACAACGGUCGAAACUCCUCCAGAUUCAAGAAAUCCCAGGAACUGAUGGUCUUCCAUUAAUUGGAGCUUUAAGAGAUCGUAUCUCUUACUAUUACACUCAAGGCCAAGAUGAGUUCUUCAAAUCUCGAAUGCAAAAAUACAAAUCCACCAUCUUUAGAGCCAACAUGCCACCUGGACCUUUCAUGGCUUCUAACCCUAAAGUUAUCGUUCUCCUCGACUCCAAUAGCUUCCCUGUCCUCUUCGACAUGUCAAAGAUCGAAAAAAAAAAUGUGCUCGACGGCACUUUCAUGCCGUCGACUGAUUACACCGGUGGUUAUCGCGUUUGUGCGUUUCUUGAUCCUUCUGAACCCAAUCACGUUCUUCUCAAACGUUUCUUAUUCUCAAUUCUCGCUUCUCGUCAUAAAAUAUUCCUUCCCGAAUUCCGAUCUAGUCUUUCUGACGACCUUUUUCCACAACUCGAAGGGCAGAUUGCAACCAAUGGUAAAGCUGACUUUAACAGUAUCAGUAAUUCUAUGUGUUUUAGUUAUGUGUUUCGAUGUUUGUGCGAUAAAAGUCCAUCUGAUACCAAGAUUGGAUCUGACGGUCCAAAUAUUUUCUCCAAGUGGCUUUUUUUUCAACUUGCUCCAUUAAUAACAUUUGGUGUGACCAAAAAAUUUCCAAAUCUUUUAGAAGAUCUAUUGUUACACACCUUUCCACUUCCUUUCUUUCUUGUGAAAUCUGAUUACAAGAAGCUCUACGAUGUUUUUUAUGAAUCUGCGAGUCAGAUUCUAGACGAAGCGGAGGAGAUGGGAAUCAAGAGAGAUGAAGCGUGUCAUAACCUCGUUUUUCUUGCUGGGUUUAAUGCUUGCGGUGGAAUGCAAACUCUGUUUCCGGCUCUUAUGAAGUGGGUUGGCUUAGCUGGAGAAAAGCUUCAUCAACAGCUUGCUGAUGAGAUCAGAAGUGUCGUCAAGUCACAGGGAAGCGUGACAUUAUCUGCAAUAGAGGAAAUGCCGUUAACAAAGUCAGUAGUUUACGAAGUUCUCAGGAUCGAACCACCUGUGCCGUUCCAGUACGGGAAGGCUAAGAAAGAUUUCAUAAUCGAAAGCCAUGAAGCAGCAUUUCAGGUCAAGGAAGGUGAGAUGAUAUUUGGGUAUCAACCAUUCGCAACUAAAGAUCCUAAGGUCUUCGAGAAUCCUGAGGAGUUCAUGGGGAGAAGAUUCAUUGGAGAAGGAGAGAAGCUAUUGAAGUAUGUGUACUGGUCUAACGGUCGUGAAACGGAGAUUCCGACGGAGAGAAACAAACAGUGCGCGGGAAAGGAUCUGGUGAUUCUGUUAUCGAGGCUCAUGCUGGUGGAAUUCUUCCUCCGUUACGAUACGUUUACGGUUGACGUCGGGAAAUUGUUGCUUGGGUCAUCGGUGACGGUGAAAUCAUUGACGAAGAUGAAGGAGGAGAGUCCCUAA